AUGGAAAAUAUUAAGGAUUGCAAUGAAUUAGUACUUUGGAAAGUCGAAGUUCCUCAGGAAAAACUUAACAAUUCUCUUACCAAAACUGAAAUUGAACAGCUCGAAGGAGGACUUGGAGGAACAACUUAUCAGGGAGAAGAACAUGGUGAUGCCUACGAAGGUGUUGAUAUUACUCUUGUCCGGUCACCACCAAUGGCCGGAAAAACUGCACUUGCGCAACUACUUGAGCAUAGCCUGCUCCAAUCAGACGAAGUAAAAAAAGGAUUGAAACGUGUUUUCCGCAUUUCAUUGCUAUGGAUGGAAAGAGAUGAUGUACAAAAGAUUUAUAAGCCAGAGAAUGAAGAAGAACCUCGCCAUGGUGGAAAUGUAUUUUGGAAUUCGUUUAAACGCAUACUACAAUUAUCAGGUCUUCAUAUUGUAGCAUUUGCUUCAUAUGGGCAUUAUGGUGCUUACACUGCUCGUGGAGAUCAUGCAAUUAUGGAUAUUUUACCAUGCUCUCUUCAAAAAAGCAACACGUGGGGAUUUGAAGACGUUUGUUUUACCAGAGAAGAAUUUAAUAGUUACUUUAAUUACUUCUGUGAGAAAAAUCUUCAAAUGUUGAAAGAAGAAGACAUUCCGCCUCUUUCUUGUUAUGUGUCUGAAAUAACAGCUCUCCAUCCCGGUUUAGUUGCCUCUACUAUGAACCAAAUUCAUAUGAGAUUCGUCAAACACACUUUUGAGCGUUUGACAUUUGCAAAAGUUUUUGCUUAUCUCAAAUCUCGUGAUUUUAAUGAUCAUUUUAAGGAUAUUCGUGCAAUGCCAAAAAUUACUGAUAUGUUAGAUGAAGAAAAGAGAAUUGCCGAUACUGUACUCUUCAAGAAAGGAGGUCUUGAAAUACUAACCAAUGCAAUUCCGCUUAAGAGUCGAAUUAUUAAGACAAAUAUUCUUGUUGAUACUGGAAUGACAAAAGCAGGUUAUUCAACCAUUAACUUUCCAGCACCAUUGCUUCGAGCAACAUAUCUUCAAAAUCGGUUUGGUUCAGUGACACGGUCUAAAUCACCACCUAAUUCAUUCAAGGACUUCAUCAUUUCGGUGUUCGCAAAAAUGAGCUCUAAGGUGUUACAAAAAAGCUUGGGUGUAGGCAAUGAUUGUCGUCUUCUUGAACGCGUAUGGCAAAUGGAGUUCUAUCGUGCAUCAAUGCAAGUUCUUCCUGUGGAUAUUUAUGCUUUUGUAGAUGUUGGAGAAAUAUUUGGAUCAGUGGGCUACUUGGAUUUUUAUAUAAAUGAUCAGCGUAACUGGGCCAUUGAACUAUUGCGAGAUGGAGACAAAUUGCAAGAACAUCAACAAAGAUUUCGAAAAGAUGGUCUAUUCUUAAAUAUACAAAGGAGUGGGCAAUUAUUGAUAUUCGAAAUAUUGAUGUAUCCUGAUGGAAGUAACGGUCGUGUUCAAUUGCUAGGUGAAGAAGAAAAUUUACUUGGGUAUGAUAUAUUGGAAUUUUUAGAUGAUCCUACCUAG